CUGAAGGUCGCCUGCCCCACUGAUGAGGGAAUGGCUGCCUGUUUGAAGAUGACUGAUCCCAUGCGCCUAACGUUGGCCGGAACUGUCAGCUUGGCUGGCUCCCGCGAUUAUCCACUGAUGGAUAACCUGGUCCUGUCUCCUGUGAUUGAUGGUGACUUCCUGCCAGAUGAGCCUUACAAUUUGUUCCACAAUGCGGCUGAUAUCGACUACAUCGCUGGAGUCAACGACAUGGAUGGGCACAUCUUCACGGGUGUAGAUGUUCCUUCAGUCAACACCCCACUGGUGGACACCCCUGUUGAAGAUGUGAAGAGACUCCUGGCUUCAUACACUAAGGACAAAGGGAAGCCUGGGCUGUACAAUACACACAGUAUAGAGACCGGUUUUCAUCAGAAUUAAUUUGACAGUUCUAGG